CCAAUCAGCGCCAUCGCAGCCGGGGACCGCUGUCAGCAAAAUCUCAACAUCCAAAGCGCAACGUAGAGCAAACGCUUCCCCGGGCAGGGAGGGAAUGUCUGUGUCAGGGGAGAAUUAAGAGACGAGCGGUCAAGCAGCGCCUGCGAGCCAACCAGAGACGGAUCGCUGGAAUCUCGGAGAAGGAAGAUGUCGAAUGAACUUGAUUUCAGGUCUGUGCGGCUACUGAAGAAUGACCCUGUGAGCUUCCAGAAGUUUCCCUACAGUAAUGAGGACGAGGCCUGGAAGACAUACCUGGAGAACCCUUUGACGGCUGCCACCAAGGCCAUGAUGAGAGUCAAUGGGGACGAGGAGAGUGUGGCCGCUCUGAGCUUCCUCUAUGACUACUAUAUGGGUCCCAAGGAGAAGCGGAUACUGUCCUCCAGCACUGGUGGCCGGAAUGACCAAGGAAAGAAGUUCUACCACAGCAUGGACUAUGAACCGGAUCUUGCCCCCCUCGAGAGCCCCACGCACCUCAUGAAAUUUUUGACAGAGAACGUGUCUGGAAGUCCAGACUACACCGACCAGCUCAAGAAGAACAACCUGCUAGGCUUGGAGGGGGUUCUACCCACCCCCGGCAAGACCAAUACCGUCCCCCCAGGUCCAAGUAAGCUGGAAGCCAGCUCCAUGGACAGCUACCUCUUGCCCGCCAGCGACAUGUAUGACAACGGCUCUCUCAACUCGUUAUUCGAGAGCAUUCAUGGGGUUCCACCCACACAGCGCUGGCAGCCAGACAGCACCUUCAAAGAUGACCCACAGGAGUCGCUGCUCUUCCCUGAUAUCCUGAAGACAUCCCCGGAUCCCCCGUGCCCAGAGGAUUAUCCAGGUCUCAGAAGCGACUUUGAAUACACCCUGGGCUCCCCCAAAGCCAUUCACAUCAAAGCAGGGGAGUCACCUAUGGCCUACCUCAACAAGGGUCAGUUCUACCCCGUCACCCUACGCACCCCAGCGGGAGGGAAAGGCCUCGCUCUGUCCUCCAGCAAAGUCAAGAGUGUGGUGAUGGUCGUGUUCGAUAACGACAAAGUCCCUGUGGAGCAGUUGCGUUUCUGGAGGCACUGGCAUUCCCGGCAGCCCACCGCCAAGCAGCGCGUCAUCGACGUAGCCGACUGUAAGGAAAACUUCAACACGGUCCAGCACAUCGAGGAGGUGGCCUAUAACGCGCUGUCCUUUGUGUGGAAUGUCAACGAGGAAGCCAAGGUGUUCAUCGGUGUCAACUGUCUGAGCACAGACUUCUCCUCGCAGAAGGGGGUGAAGGGCGUCCCCCUGAACUUGCAAAUUGACACCUAUGACUGUGGAGCAGGCACUGAGCGCCUGGUACACCGAGGUGUCUGCCAGAUCAAGAUCUUCUGUGAUAAGGGAGCCGAGAGGAAGAUGCGAGAUGAUGAACGGAAGCAGUUUCGAAGGAAGGUCAAGUGCCCAGACUCCAGUAACAAUGGAAUCAAGGGCUGCCUGCUGUCAGGCUUCAGGGGCAAUGAGACCACAUACUUGCGGCCAGAAGCUGACCUGGAAACCCAGCCUGUGUUGUUUAUCCCCAAUCUGCAUUUCUCCAGCCUACAGCGCCCAGGAGGGGUUGUCCCCUCAGCAGGACACAGCAGCUCUGACAGGCUGCCUCUGAAGCGAACCUGCUCACCCUUUGCUGAGGAGUUUGAACCUCUUCCCUCCAAACAAGCCAAGGAAGAUGACCUUCAGAGAGUUCUAUUGUAUGUGAGGAGGGAGACAGAGGAGGUGUUUGACGCGCUCAUGUUGAAGACCCCGGACCUGAAGGGGCUGAGGAAUGCGAUCUCUGAGAAGUACGGCCUCCCUGAGGAGAAUAUUUGCAAAGUGUACAAGAAAUGCAAGCGAGGCAUCCUGGUCAACAUGGACAACAACAUCAUCCAGCACUAUAGCAACCACGUGGCCUUCCUGUUGGACAUGGGUGAGCUGGAUGGCAAGAUCCAGAUCAUCCUGAAGGAGCUAUGAGGGCCCGGCCUCAAGCAUCCCGCACCUGGGGCCCGGCUCAAGCCACGUACAACCUCUUCUGUGUCAGCUGUUACUUGAAAUGUCUUUCUUCGGGAAAGAGAUCUCGCAAGGAACCAACUCAGUGAUGUCUGAGCCAGGGAGAGACCAAGAAGGUUCCAGAAUCUCAAUGUCUCACCCAGGCUUGAACUCACUCCAGAGCUUCCUGAAAGUAACCAACCCACCAGAGAGUCUG